AUGGAUUAUAUUCCAUAUUUAUUAAAAAUUUAUAAAUUAGCAAUAGAUCAUAAAUCUUAUCUUUUAAAACAACCAUUAAUGAUUUAUAUUCAUUGGCCAUUUUGUAAAAGUAAAUGUACUUAUUGUAAUUUUAAUAAGUAUAUUAACCCAAAACCUGAUCAUGAACGAAUGAAAAAUUCUUUAAUUUCUGAAAUAAAGGAUUAUGUACAAAAACAUGAUAUGAAAGGGAGAAUCAUUCAUAGUAUUUAUUUUGGAGGAGGCACACCAAGUUUAGCAUUGCCAUCUACUUUUGAAGCAAUUUUAAAUACAAUUGCUAAUGAAUUCAUAUUACCUUCUAACACUGAAAUAACUAUGGAGGGAAAUCCGACGUCAACAGAAACGGGAAAAUUACAAAAUUUUCAUUCAAUAGGAAUAAAUAGAUUGUCACUUGGUUUACAAUCUCUUAAUGAUAUGGAAUUAAAAAGAUUAGGUAGAGAUCAUACAUCAAAAGAAGCCAUUAGUGCAAUAAAAGAAUCUAUUAAAAUUUUUAGAGAAAAUGUUACUUUUGAUUUAAUGUUUGGUAGAGAAGGACAAACUGUUGAUGAUUGGAAAGUUGAAUUGAAGAAUGCAUUAGAGAUAGCAUCAGAUCAUAUUUCUUUAUAUGAACUUACAAUCAAAAAAGGAACACCAUUAUAUAAAGAUUUUAUUAAAGGAAAAUUUAAGAAACCCUCAUUUGAUAAUUUAGCAGAUUUAUAUAACAUUACACUAGAUAUUACAAAGUUAUAUGGAUUUCAACAAUAUGAGGUAUCAAAUUUUCAAAGAAAUGAAAAAUACAGUAAACAUAAUUAUGGAUAUUGGAGUGGAUUAGAUUAUUUAGGUAUUGGACCUGGAGCUCAUGGGAGAUUAACAGAUCCAAAAAAUAAAAUGAGAUAUAGAACUAUUAGGAGAUUAUAUCCUGAAAAUUGGAUGAAACAAUGUGAAGAAACUGGAGAAGGUAUAGCAAAAUAUGAACAAAUGAAUUUAGAGGAUAUUAAGAAUGAACUUAUAUUAUUUGGAUUGCGUACAAGAAUUGGAAUACCAAGAAUAAGAUUUAAAAAAUAUUCACAAGGUCAAGAAUUAGAAGAGUAUUUAAAUAUGGAUCAAGUUAAUAGGUUUAUUAAAGAUGGUUUUUUAAUUUGGGAGAAUAAUAAUAUUGAGCAUAAUAAAGGAUGGAUUUUAAAUGAUUUUGAUGAAGAGAUACAAAAUGGUGGAUUAAGACCUACUAAAAAAGGGUUAGCUCUAAAAGAUAUUUUUAAUAAAAUUAUUGUUAAGAUGGGUUUAGCAGGACCGAAGAUAAAACAAAGGAUACCUGCUGAUCCUAGGAAUUUGACAUGGAGUAAUGACAAAACUCAAUUUGGUUAUAAAAUGUUAUCAAAAAUGGGUUGGUCACCGGGAAAAGGAUUAGGUAUAAAUGAAGAUGGAGAAAAAGAAUAUAUUAAACCUUCAUUCAAACAAGAUAAUCUUGGUAUUGGAGCUACAAAGAAAUCCAUUGAUAAUUGGUUAGAUAAUUCUAGUGCAUUUGAUAAAUUACUUAAAGGUUUAAAUGAUAAAAUUCAAACAACAGAGAAGGUAGAAGAAAGUGAUGAGAAAGAAAAAAAUGGGAGAGUGAGUGAACAAUACAAUAUCGAUGAUAAACCGAAAAUUGAUAAAGUUGAGUCCAAGAAAAAGAAAAAAAAGAAAAAAGAAAAUGGGGUUAAGAAUAAGGAUAAGGAUAUAAUAUCAAUAUCUAAUUUACAACCAUCUUCAUCUUUAUCAACGGUUAAUAAUAUUAGUAAUUCUAGAAGUUUAUAUACAAUUCGUAUGGCGCAUCGAGCUAAAUUUCUUAAAAGUAAAAAAGCAGCUGUACAAAAUUCCGAUAGAUUAAAUGAAAUUUUUGGUAUAAAAUCAAGUAAAGAUUCUAUCAAUGAUUGUAUCAACACGGGAAGUGUUAGUACAACAAAAGAUAUUACAAUAUCAUCCGGUUUUAAUGAAGAAUCUGGUGCGGAAAAUUUUAAAGAUGAAAUAGGAAAAGUUGAUAUUAUAACUAAGGUCAAUGGAAUAAGCUCUCACGAAUAUUUUGCUCAAAAAAUGAAAGGAUUAAGGAUUUCAGGAAUUAGGAGCGAUGGUCUAGCGAACUAUGAUAAUAAGACUAACGAUGAUAUUGACGAACGACCUAGUUUUAGUAUGAAUGAUGAGCAAGACAUAAAAAUAUCCGACAAUUCUUCAAAGUCAACAAAUACUAAUAAAAAAAGGAAAAUUAAUUAUGAAAUGAAUGUUGAUUUGUUAGUUAAUGAUAAUGAUAAUAAUUCUAGUAAUGAUAAAUCAAUAAAAAGAAAGAAAAAAGAAAAAAAAAAGAACAAAAAAAGUAAGGAAUAUGAUAGAAAAGAAACUAGAGAAUAUAGAAACGAGACUAGAAAGUAUAGUAAUUACAAAAAUGAUGGCAAAGAUAAACAUAAAAAGAAGAAAAUACACGUAGAUAAGGAUAAAACAUUAUGA